AUGUCCCCGCCCAUUAACGCCUCUGCCAACGCCAUCCUGCAUUCCUUCAUUCCCUUCACCAACUCCUUCUCUUCCGGCACGAGGGUAGUUCCUCCUAUUAGGAAUGAUCAAAUUCGCGAUCUUUGGGCUCCUCACUACAUCACUCGUACCUUCAAAGCGCUCUCCUUCGGCACAUGCAUCGACUCAAAGUCAUUCAACUCACUUCUUAUCAGCCUCGACUUACACGCACUGCCCACUACCUCAUCCCCUACCACCACAUUGAAGGCCCGCCUAAGCCAACUGUUCACAUGGUGGCCCAUCCAUGCAGGUGGUGCAAUUCGGCCUAUUGUCGACGUUCCUCUUGCACCAACGCUACACCGCAGCAGGUGCUUCCGUGAUGAUGACGAUGAUUUAAUACGUGAUGAAGACGCCACCUUUCCUACUCCUUCGCCGAACCCCAAUUCACGACCACUCGCAGCGGGCAUAUCAACACCGGAUAACAUGGAAAGCACCAGCUGCUUUUCUAUAAAUAGUGGCGAUUUUUCUUGAGUGUUGCCCCUCGUGGUAUGUAUAUCGUCCUUGACUUUCAGUGAAUAUCCGUGAUAUUUGGUCACUACAUUGUUUUACUUGUUUUUGUAUCACUACAGAUAUAGUAUUGCGAGCAGCACUACUCAGUGUUCACAGCACAACUCAGUCCUACAGCAUCGAGGACAGUCCCGCUGAAUAUAUGAACAAUGCCUCAGUUGUUCAACAGCUAGCAUCCAUCAUCCUCGCCACCGGACUAAUGCCGCCCUCCCUUCAUUUACCUUGUCGUUGGAUUGGUGCGUCGUGCACAAAUUGCUGUGGUAUGCUACAUAGUAGACUGGUGAUCAGCCUGUCUAUGAUGUCUCGAUGUAGAUUAAAUCACCUGAAUGAGCUUAAAUCGAAU